GAGCAAUCCAUAUUCCAUGGGAGCAAAAGCUCUUCCACAUAACUUGCACAGACCAUGGCGUCUUCGGUGGCCCAAUAUCCAUUUUUAUCUUCAUCUAUCAAAUCUUCCAUAGAAGUUGUUCAUCCAACAACUCCCAGAAGAAAGGUAUCUCUAAUCAAGGCCCUCAAGGAUUCAUCAUCGUCGUCUUCGGAAUCUCAGCAACCAGAUCCAGUGAAGCUCGCUCUUGCUAGAGCCAAAGCAUAUAAGAAAUCAAUCCAGUCAAAUCCAGCUCCCAAAAUUGCUCAAAAUCAAGCCCCUGGUUCAGAGAUUUCAGAAUUUGGCGGGAACAAAGAUGAGUCACUAUCCAGAGUUGCAAUGGAGGGAGCAAGGGAGUAUUCAGAGAAAAAUAGAGCUGUUGAAGAGAGAAUCGAUAAGAAGGAAGAAUCCAGGAUUUCAGCAAUUGACUUUGUGGGGCUAGGAUUUGCUGAUAAGAAGGAAGGCAGGGGACUGCCUGCGGGGUUGAUUCCGAUAAGUGAUCCUUUUCCGGCAGGGGAUUUGCCGGAUGUGGAAAUCAUCGUUGGAGAUACAAGCAGGUUUGGAAAUGGAGAAACCUCAGAAUCUGAUACAACUGUGGAAGAAGAUUCAGAACUUUAUAAGCCUAAAGUCUCUACAUGGGGAGUUUUCCCUAGACCCAACAACAUUUCCAAAACAUUUGGUGGUGGGAAAACCAUUCGCCCCGGAGAUGUGCUCGAGACAGCGGAAUCAAAGGCUGCAAAAGAAGCACGAACAAGACAAAUGAUUGCUGCCUAUAAGCAGAAAAUUGGUUUAAAUAUCGAUCCAAAGUUGAAAUUUGAAUGUGAGAAGGAUUUGAAGGAUGGAGACUCGUUGAUGGAGAUUGGAAAGCUCAAGGAUGCAAUACCCUUUUACGAACGAGUUAUGGAUAAGCUGGUAUAUCAGAGUGAACUUCAUGGUUUAGCUGCAUUGCAAUGGUCUAUUUGUAAAGACUCCCUCAACAGAUCUGAUGAAGCUCGUGUUAUGUAUGAGAAGCUGCAGUCGCACCCAAAUGUUAGAGUGAGCAAGAAAGCAAGGCAGUUCGUGUUCAGCUUCCAGGCAAUGGAGAUGAUGAAGGUUACGAGCUCAAGCAACUCUCAAUUUAAAACAGGGUACCAAAACUUCUUUGAUGCAUUUAUCGAAAAUAAGAACAACCCAUCGUCAAAUGAAACCGAAACUGAGGAAGAUGCAUCGCUUCAAGCUCUACCGUAUGUUAUCUUUCUUGUUUCCCCUAUCCUAAUGGUACUGGUCAUUGCUGUACAGAAAAGGUUAGUAUGAGUUAUGUACCAUUUUUAGAUGGAACUGCAUACUGGCCUUUCAAAAGGAUGCUUAGUUUCACUUCUCUAUUGUAUUACAUAAGUAUAGUAAAAUGCUUUUCCUCAACAAGACUUUACCAAACCUUGGUCAAUUUUAAACACGUCUGGAAAUAUGCAUAGUUGGGUAGAUAUGUGAUUUAGAGGUUGAUUGGUUGGUUUUCCAUUAAGUCCUGUAUGAAUAAUCUGUCUGUAUAAAUUAGAAAU